UCCCCCCUACAACUUAAUACACAAACCAACAUUCCAUCACCAAAAAUGAUCAUGAUCAUGACAAUACUUCUAUGUUUUUCGACGACGUUUAUAUCGUUUGUUAGUUGUUCGGGUUUGGAUCCAAAUCUUGGUGUGGGAGUUAACUGGGGCACCAUGACGAGCCACCAGUUGCCGCCGGAGAAGGUGGUGGAGAUGAUGAGAGCGAACGGGUUUAAGAAGGUGAAGCUCUUCGAAGCGGAGAAACGGAUCAUGGAAGCGCUCAUUGGAUCGGAGAUUGAGGUGAUGGUGGGCAUCCCUAAUUUCAUGUUGUUGGAUUUGAGUCAAGAUCCAAGUUAUGCUGAUUAUUGGGUUGAUGCUAAUAUUACUACUUAUGCUUAUCCUGGUGGUGUUAAUAUCAAGUACGUUGCAGUCGGAAACGAGCCAUUCCUCAGAGCGUACAAUGCGACAUAUCUACAAAUCACAUUACCCGCGUUAAAAAAUGUCCAAAAUGCCCUUAUCCGGGCCGGUUUUGGGUCCAAAAUCAAAGCCACUGUCCCGUUAAACGCGGAUAUAUACGAGUCACCAGAGUCCAACCCGGUUCCAUCAGCCGGUGACUUCCGGUUAGAUAUCAAAGAUGCAACGAUUGAAAUCGUUGAGUUUCUUUAUUCGAAUGAUGCCCCUUUUACGGUCAAUAUUUACCCGUUUCUUAGUCUCUAUGGUAACCCGUAUUUUCCUAUGGAUUUCGCGUUCUUUGAUGGGUCAAAUAGACCACUUAAAGACGGGAAUUAUUUGUACACCAAUGUGUUUGAUGCAAAUUACGACACAUUGGUGGCUUCUCUAACAAAAGCAGGUUACCCUGAUAUGAAAAUCAUCGUUGGUGAAAUCGGGUGGCCCACGGAUGGGGACAUACACGCGAAUGUAAAAUCCGCGAAAAGAUUUAACCAAGGUGUGAUCAACCACGUAAUGGGGUCGAAAGGUACCCCAGUUAGAAUCGGGCCGUUGGAAAUUUACCUUUUUAGCCUUCUAGAUGAAAACAAGAAGAGUAUAGCUCCAGGGUCAUUUGAGACACAUUGGGGCAUAUUCGAAUACAAUGGUAAACCGAAAUACCAAUUGGACUUAACCGGGUCCAAAAGAAACAAAGGGUUAGCCCCGGUUUUAGGGGUGCGAUACAUGAGCCGAAAGUGGUGUGUGUUAAAUCCUCGUGUUAAAGAACUUAACGGGCUGGCUAAGGAGAUUGAUUACGCGUGUAGCUUAUCGGAUUGUACAUCGUUAGGCUACGGGUCAUCGUGUAACCAUUUAAGUUUGGCGGGAAACGCUUCGUUUGCUUUUAAUAUGUAUUAUCAACUUAAUGAUCAGAGUGAUUGGGCGUGUGAGUUUUCGGGGUUAGGGAUCGUCACUAGGGAGGAUCCGUCGGUGGGUGAAUGUCGGUUUCCGGUGACGAUUGCUUAUGGUACUUUGGUGGUGCCGGUUCAUAGGAAAGUUUUGAAGGUUUUGUUGGGUGUUCUUGAAGGUUGCAUUGUGUUCUUGCUUCUUGUUUCUUAGCAUUAUGAUUUUCUUU